GUGGAGACCAGCGCGGCAAAUUUUCCUCCGGUUGCCACUCUUAUGUUCCAGAUGCACCCGCUUCCCUUCCUCGACGACCCGCGCCGCCUCCGCCGGCUCCUCUCGUCCUGCGCAGCGCUCCGGACACUCACCCGCCUCCACGCCCUCCUGAUCGUCUCCUCCUCCGCCUCCUCCCACCACAUUCUUUCCUCCUGCCUCGCCACCGCGUACGCCCGCGCCGGCGACCUCGCCGCCGCCGAGUCCACGCUCGCCACCGCGCCCACGUCGCCGUCCUCCAUCGCCGCGUGGAACGCCCUCCUCGCGGCGCAUUCCCGCGGGGCCUCCCCGGACGAGGCGCUGCGCGUCUUCCGCGCUAUCCCGGCCGCCGUGCGCCCCGACAGCACCACCUUCACGCUCGCGCUCUCCGCGUGCGCGCGCCUCGGGGAUCUCGCCACCGGGGAGGUCGUCAGGGACCGCGCGUCCAAGGCAGGGUACAGGAACGACAUCUUCGUGUGCUCGUCGCUGCUAAACUUCUACGCGAAAUGGGGCGCCAUGGACGAUGCCGUCAAGGUGUUCGACAGAAUGCGGAAGAGGGACCGCGUCACGUGGAGCACCAUGGUUACCGGAUGCGUGAACGCGGGGCAGCCGGUUCAGGCGAUUGAGAUGUACAUGAGGAUGAGGGAGGACGGUCUGGAGGGAGACGAGGUGGUUAUCGUCGGGGUUAUGCAGGCUUGUGCAGCAACAGGGGAUGUCCGGAUGGGGGCCUCGGUUCAUGGGUACUUGUUGCGGCAUGCUAUGCGGAUGGACAUUGUCAUCUCAACAAGCCUUGUUGACAUGUAUGCGAAGAAUAGACUGUUUGAUCAGGCGCGCCGGGUGUUUGAGCUGAUGCCGCACAGGAAUGAUGUGUCGUGGAGCGCGCUGAUCUCACAGCUUGCACAGUAUGGGAAUGCAGAUGAGGCACUUGGUUUGUUCAGACAGAUGCAGGUCUCUGGUCUUCAGCCUAAUUCAGGGCCAGUUGUUGGUGCACUAUUAGCUUGUUCUGAUCUUGGACUCUUGAAGCUAGGGAAGUCAAUACAUGGUUUCAUCUUGAGGCGGCUUGAGCUCGAUCACAUGGUAGGUACGGCAGUCAUUGAUAUGUACUCAAAAUGCGGCUCCCUGGCAAGCGCCCAAUUGCUUUUCGAUAAGGUUGUCUCAAGAGACUUGAUUUCGUGGAAUGUGAUGAUUGCGUGCUUCGGUGCUCAUGGACGAGGCCGUGAUGCCCUCUCUUUGUUCCAAGAAAUGAAGAGAAACGAAGUAAGACCUGAUCAUGCCACAUUUGCUUCUCUUUUGUCGGCACUCAGCCACUCCGGUCUCGUAGAAGAAGGGAAAUUCUGGUUCGAUUGCAUGGUUAAUGAGUAUGGAAUUGAACCUGCCGAGAAACACUUGGUGUGUAUAGUGGAUCUCUUAGCUCGUUCUGGUCUUGUUGAAGAGGCCAAAGACCUGCUGGCAUCAAUGCACACCAAACCAACCAUCUCAAUUUUGGUCGCUCUACUUUCAGGCUGUCGGAAUAACAAGAAGCUGGAACUUGGGGAGAGCACAGCAGAGAAGAUCCUUGAACUGCAACCUGGGGAUGUCGGCGUCCUUGCCUUGGUCUCAAAUCUUUACGCCGCUGCCAAGAACUGGGACAAGGUCAGGGAAGUGCGCAAGCUAAUGAAGGAUCACAGCAGCAAGAAGGUGCCCGGGUGUAGCUCGAUAGAGAUACGCGGAGCACUGCAUACAUUCGUCAUGGAAGAUCAGAGCCAUCCUCAGCAUAGACAGAUUCUACAGAUGGUCUCGAAGCUCGACUCCGAGAUGAGGAAGAUGGGCUAUGUCCCGAAGACGGAGUUCGUGUACCAUGACCUCGAGGAAGGCGUCAAGGAGCAGCUUCUCAGCCGCCACAGCGAGAGGCUGGCGAUCGCCUUUGGGCUGCUGAACACGAGCCCAGGGACGAGGCUUGUGGUCAUAAAGAACCUCAGGGUCUGCGGUGACUGCCACGAUGCCAUCAAGUACAUGUCGAAGAUCGCCGACAGGGAGAUCGUGGUGCGGGAUGCGAAACGCUUCCACCAUUUCAAGGACGGAGCCUGCUCCUGCGGCGAUUACUGGUGAAGCUCGCGACACAACCUGUCCGUUGUCCACCAGCUCCGUCCUUGCUUGGUCUCAAAUCUUUAUGCCGCUGCCAUGAACCGGAACAAGGACGUGCGGAAGCUAAUGAAGCCUGGGUGUAGCUCGAUAGAGAUGCGCGGAGUCUACUGACUGACGUGAACCAGCAUAUAGUUGAGUGCUAGUUCCAGCUGUCCUGUGCAACUGCAAACACAGUGAUUUGAUCAGAUUUCA